UUCACGAACCACGGUUGUGGUUAAUUUGUUAAAAAAUAAUUCUCCAAGAGAAUUCGGUUAUUGUGAACUUCUUGAACACAUAACCGAAUUACAAAAUUUCACCCAUUACCUGAAGGUUGUUCAUAUCAACUGAAAAAGACAGUUGUAAGUUGGUUGUACUGAAAGCAAAUCUAAAAAAAAAAUCAGGAAAAACAAGCACAUCAUUGAAGCAUAUAUAACCUUCAACAAUGAGCAUAUCAUUUAUCCGGUUUAUAUAAGAACUUGUACAGCGAAUAUUUAUUUUUCUACAUUUCCGAAGCCACAACUGAGUCAACACAGAGGACCACGUUACAAUCCCUUUCUACUGAAAUGGAUACCACGACAGACGUAAUUUCAUUACAGACAACACAGAAAACAACGGUACCAUCCACUUCUACUGAAAUGGACACUACGAUAGAAAUGACAUCGACACAGACAACCGAGCGUCCAUUCACUUCUGCUGACAUUGAAACUUCGACAGAAAUGACAUCAACACAGAAAACUACGCUUCCACCUUCUUCUACUAAAAUCGAAACUACGACAGAAAUGGUAUCAACGACAACAACACACGAAACAAUACUGCCAUCUACGUCUACUGAAAUGGACACCGCGAUAGAAAUAACAUCAAAGGAGACAACACAAACAACAGCCGUCCUUUCUACUGCUACUGAUUUGGAAACAACACUACAAACAACAAUUCCAUCCACUUCUAAAGAUACGGAAACCACUACGGAGUUGAAAGUUACAACUACAGAUGUGAAAGACUUAACAACAUUGGAAAUUCAUUCGACAGAUACAGAAAACAUAAAGCAAUACAGUGGACCUAUAAUAUUAGCAGUAUCUGCAUGUUUUGGUUGUUUGAUUGUUAUAAUUGCUUUUGUGUAUCUCAAAGGACGUUCGAUGAAUAAUACAGAACAAAUGACAAACAAUAAAGAACAAGAAUCAUAUGACUUUACCGCGGAAACAUGCUAUAUAUAUAAAGGCAAACAAUUCGGAUUUCAGAAGAUUGCAAUUCAGCAUUGGGACAAUCAUUAAGAUAAAUCAUGAAUUAGCUAAAUUUGUUACUAUAUUUACAAUACGAAUAAUCUGAAAAUGUGUUCACUUUUCAUUUGUAAACGUUGCUUUAGAUUUGAAAAAAGACAAUUAUAUUCAAAACGGCAACAUUUUCUUAAUGAAGUCUUUGUCAAACAUGUCAACAUGGUCAAGGGUAGUAUGAAUGGAUUUAUAUAAUAAAGUUAAAAUGUAAAUCAAAAAACUCCAAGGUAAAUUUAAUAAAGGGAAGUCCAUAAAAACUGACAAAAUUAAACUUUAUCAUCCAAAGGAACGAGUGAACCUAAACAGACAAAAUAGGUUAAUGUAAAAAUGAUUGGGAUCUAGCAGCCCAAACUGGUUUAACAUACAUCACAAACAUACAAGUACCUUAUUGGUGCACGCACCAAAUAUUCGGGCUGAAAAAAAAAUUGAUUUAAGACAGAGUAUAGAAAAGAUAAAAUGUGUUUGAAGAUCAUGAAUGCCACCUUUACAACCAUUAGGAUAAAAGUUGGUCAAGGAAAAAUUAGGUUUGCAUUUAGUGAAUUUGUUCCAUUAAAAGAGGUGCUUAAUUCAGAAACAAUAAAUGAUCAACUACCCACAUUUGACCUCUAUCUGUGUGCUAUAGUCCUAAACAUUGUGACAUUGUUUACCGCUUCGUGACUAUGAACUAGACACUUAAAUAUCAAAAUAACGACGGUUUUUUAAUGUUUUCCCACCUGUAUUCAUUAUAUUAUUAUGUACAGUGAUGUAUUUUUUGCUGUAAUUCAUGUUUUAAUAUUAUUUCUAUAUAUUAUAUGAAAUGUAGGUUGACGUGUUUAAUUUAGGAUUGGAUAUUGUCGAACUCUGCAAGAUUCACUUUCAUAUUAAGUCACAUGAAACUAGGUUACAUAGAAUUUGACAAAAUAAACUUGGACAUAAAACUUAACCAGGUCCAGCGAAACACGAAAGGAAAGACAAAGCAACCUAUUUAUAUGGUUGGAUGCUUUCCGACUUCUUAAGAUGCUAAUUUCACACAAAUUACAUGAUUUUAGGCAACAAAGUAUUUGAUAUAUAAACUUGACGAACAUUUGAACAGACUUUAAUCUUAACCAAACAUUUAUCGACCAUGAGGUUUGGAUCAUGUUAAUUGGUACUUGAUCCACCUACAUACUAAAUACCAUGGAGUUAUCUGUUUCUGCGAACUUACUUUGACCAUGA